UGAAAGCAGCACACAAAACCGGAAACCAUGAGUUUUGCAGCUUUCCUUUUCUGUUCUGUCCCACCCGAAAUCAUCCGAACCUUAGCGACCGGGUUUCAGGUGGCAGUGCGGAAGGAAGUCUGCCUUUUCGCUGUGGGUUCAGACAUUAAACUGACUGAACGUGAAUUUUUUUUACUGCAGAAGCAGAAAAACGGGCCGUCGUUGGCUGCAGAAAAAGACGUUAACCGGUGAACUAAACCCUGGUCGGACCUGCGGGAUAUUCUACUUUCUCUAACAGCGUGGAGACAAGACUGUGGUUCAGUUUAUAUCUGAGGUUCCGAAGGCACCUUUGUGAACAGGCGCCAUGAGCCGGGAGCUGAGCGUGCAGAUGGGCUCCCCGGUCCCCGGGGUCUCUGAGCCCCCGCCUCCUGACAACGGGGGCAUGGACUACAGGGACUGGGUGCGGCGCAGCUACCUGGAGCUGGUCAGCUCCAACCACCACUCAGUCCAGGCCCUGUCCUGGAGGAAGCUUUACCUGAGCCGGGCCAAGCUCAAGGCCAGCAGCCGCACCUCCGCCCUGCUCUCUGGCUUCGCAAUGGUGGCCAUGGUGGAGGUGGAGCUGGAUUCGAAGUACAGCUACCCUCGAGAGCUGCUCAUCUCCUUCGCCGUGUGCACCACGGUGCUGGUGGCCGUUCACCUCUUCGCCCUGCUCAUCAGCACCUGCAUCCUGCCCAACGUGGAGGCCGUCAGCAACAUCCACAACCUCAACUCGGUCAGCGAGUCACCGCACGAGCGCAUGCACCACUACAUCGAGCUGGCCUGGGGGUUCUCCACGGCGCUGGGCAUCCUGCUGUUCCUGGCCGAGGUCGUGCUCCUCUGCUGGAUCAAGUUCCUGCCCGUCGACCGUGGCUCCAAGGACGACGCCAAGGAAUGCCCCAGCAGCCCCACCAGCCCCACCAGCCCCAGCCCCACCAGCUCCAGCGCUCCGGCGAGCGGCUGGCAGGCGGCGCUGGCCUCCACCAUCAUCAUGGUCCCGGUGGGAAUCAUCUUCCUCAUCUUCACCAUCCACUUCUAUCGCUCCCUGGUGGGCCACAAGACGGAGCGCCACCACCAGGAGAUUGAGGAACUGCACAAGAUUAAGGUGCAGCUGGACGGCCAGGAGAGAGGCCUGCAGACGGUGUGAUGACGGGACUCACAGCGGCGCCACAGACUCCGCCAUGUUGGAUAUUUAUAGAGCUGGGCCUCAGACUGCCAAGUUCUUCUAAAGGGGAACGAUUUGGGAAUCCUGGCCUGAUCUGCAGACCUGUUGAGGUCAAAACUAUAAAAAGUUUACAGACAACAAAAAGGGCUAUUGCUUACCAAAAUGCACUUUGCCUCUGAUUUACAAUGGUAGCUUCAUAUGGAAAUGAGCAACUUCCUGUUUUCAUCUCGUCUUAUCAGUGGAAUCUUUCAGGAUUUGACUUGCAGCUUCUGUUCGAACCAACCUAGUUUUCAUGCUCAGCCAAAGAGAGUUCUCAUUUAGUCAGGUGGGCUUUUAGUUGGAUUAACCAUAAUCUGUGAUGAAAAAGUGAUGCCAAAGCUCCUUCAGAAACAAUGUUACAUUUCCAUGGUGUCCAAAAUGACGGUGCCCUCUAGGGGACAUGGAGGAAUUUUUAUCUUUUGCGAUCUCUUCUAAUAAUAUCACAGCAUAAAUGGGCCAUUAUAGCUGGAAAAAGGGAGUAAAUUUAUGCCAGAACACUUGUAUGAUGGCACUAACACGCCAUCAUACAAUAAUGUAUUUGCUAGUCUAAUUUAUAUUAUCUCCUUUGAGAUCUCUGAAGGUUUUGAUAUAUUUUUUUCUUUAAGAUAGAAACAUUUCAAACUUGUGUGCAAAAUGCCAGAAUAAAACAGGCCAGACAUGAAGUGUCAAUCUUUACUCUAAAGGAUAAACGCAACAGAAACUUUCAGUGAGAAAUAAAUAAAUAAAUCCAAAUUAUUUAGACUAUUUUGGAGUGGUUUAGACAAAAAAAAAAAACUAAAAAAAUACAAUAAGCAUAGCCCAACUUCCUGUCUUUUUCCUUCCACUUAAUUUUACUUCAACUUGCUUGCAUAAACCAGUCUUUGAACAGCCAUCUUCAUUUUCAGGAAGGUCUGAUGUGAUAUUUAAAAUUUUUAGAAAGCAAAUUGUGGGUUUUUAUUGACUGUAAGUCAGAAUCGUCAAAGUUAGAGAAAUGAAUGCGGGUUGUGAAUAAUUUAGUUUCUUUUUUUCUUUUCAUUCUCUGAAAAUGAAAUGUUUACUUCCUGUUCUCUCAUCAUCAGUUGAGUGUUUCUCUUUUGCAAGGUUCUGCAAGGUGACUGAUUCAGAGCAGACACGUAUAUAUAACUUUUAAAAAGAUGCAUUAACUUAUCCCAAGCUGACUGACUUCACUGUGCUUUUAUAGUUUCUGAAAGUUUCUUCUGUUGCCUGUUACAAAGGAAAGAAACCCGCCUGGAUGCUGUUUGAAAUGCUUCAGUAUCUGAACUUGUUCCUAUUGCCUUACAGAAAAACUGCCUUGAGUUUGCUGGAUGAACUGUUUAUAUUUUAUUUUAUUUUAUUUUUUUAAGGAACAUGAACCAAAUUAUUGUCACAUUCCAAAAAAAAACCAAAAAAAAAAAAAAACCACGACAGACCAAAGUGCCGUUCAGUUCAUUUUUAUUUAAUUUUUUUUGUUGUCAGAAGAAAAAAAAAAGUGCACUUUUUCUAUUUGUUCUGUAAAGUCAUAAGUAACUUGAUCCGUUUGUUUCAUGCCUGUGGACCCUGCUGGGUUCUGCAGAGGUCACGGGUCGGAACCUGGAAUGUACCGCUCAAUAAAACAAAGGUCAAUGUUU